UGCGCCACGAGCAAUCACGAACAUCGUCGUCGUUACCGUCCGACUGUGGAACCUUCCAGACGAAGACAUCGCACAGCGACGUUCCGCUGACAGCUUUACGCCUUCUUAGUAUCAUGGGUCAAAUCUUCAUAACCCCUAGUCAAGACGAAGAUUUACAAACACGACUGCACGAACGUCGAGGCAGUCCCAGCCCUUCACCUCAGCCACAACCCCCCGAGACGCGCCCCGCAGAACCAUCUCCUCCGGAAACAACAGCCCCGUCGACCUCCAGAGGCAUUCCAACCGUCGUCCGGGAUGGCAAAAACAUAGAGGGCAAGACCGGUGCCAGCUCCGUAAAAAUGAGAAAGGGCGAAGAAGGUCCUUCUCGAACAAGUCCAUCCCCUCACGGGUCGAUGACUGCGUUGCCACCAGAUAGCAAAUCGCAGGAACCCCUGGUGCCCAUUCUGGUGAAGACGGGUACCCCACCCCUUAUGACGGCGGGGUCAGAGGGUCCCCAAGGUAAAGCGAUCGCUGCUAUGCCAAACGCGAGUUCAACGCCGCCAUUUCGGCCAGACCAAGCACCGGAACGCCAUCAUAGCAAUCCGAGGCGCGACGCUCUUGCCAUCCGGCGUCCGCCCUUACUAGCUCCUGUGUUGACCUGCUGUCUGGUGGCCAUAUUUGGAGGGGGCGUCUUGGGCUACAGUGUCUACUACCUCUCCAUACAACCGGGAAGCCCUCAAGAGAAUGACUUGAACCACUUUCUACACGACAACAUGAGCGUAGAAUCAUCGGCCAAUGCGACGUGGGCCACGAGAGCAAAUCCCGCAAAGAAUAUCUCUUCUGCCAAGUCCGUGACAGAACCUGAAUUGAACAUUGCUUUGGUACUUGGAUAAUUCACCGACGCUGCAAAGAUUUAAUGCCUGAUGUUAAAUGAAAUGUCCGAUA